AUGGCAACCUUGAACUUCGAGCUGAAGAACCAGACCGCUUCAGAAAAUGUCUAUGCCUACAUUACUGGACAGGCGCUCGACAAUAAUAAUGCGCUCUUCCUUUUGAAAACCGACGGCAAGACGCCCUACUAUCCGACGUCGCCGUCGAGCACCAUUUCAGACCUGACGGAAGACUGCGCCAUCCACCUGGGCACUCCCGGGAGCACGACGACAGUAACGAUCCCGCACCUGGCGGGCGCGCGACUGUGGUUCGUCCGCGACGGCAAGCUGACGUUCUAUCUGAACCCGGGCCCAGCACUGGUCGAGCCCUCGCCAUCCAACACGACAGAUCCCAACUACAACCUGUUCUGGGACUUUUGCGAGUUCACGUGGAACGACGCCCAGCUCUACGUGAACAUCACCUACGUGGAUUUCGUGUCACUGCCCAUCGCACUGACCCUGACCAACGCCGCCGGCGAGAACAAGACCGUGCCGGGACUGCCGGCCAACGGCCUCGACACCAUCUGCAGCGAGCUGCAGGCACAGCAUGCCCGAGACAACGUCGGCUGGGACAAGCUGGUCGUCACCAAUGAGAACGGCGCCAACCUGCGCGCCCCCUACGUCGACCAGGUUUGGUCCAAGUACACCGGCGCGACCUUGACCGUCAAUACGCAGGCUGCCGCCGGCGACGUCACGGGCAGCGUGGUGAAUGGAAAGCUGACGUUCUCGCCGGGGAACAUCGCAUACGACCAGCCGUCCACGGCAGACGUCUUCAGCAACAGCUCUGGUGCCUUUGCCGUGUCCGGGGACCCUACCAAGGAUGCCGUGACUGCGCGUCUGGCUGCCGCGUUGAAUCGGACCACGCUGCUAUCUAACCCCAUUCAGCCCAACGGCGAGAAUGUCGCCGACUACUACCAGGGCGCGGUCACCAACCACUUCUCGCGUAUUUGCCAUGAAGUUACCAUCGGCGGCAGUGGAUACGCCUUUCCCUACGAUGAUGUGGCUCCGUCCGAUGGGGCCGACCAGUCCGGCAGCGCCUUUGAUGCCAACCCGAAACUGCUGACGGUUACUGUGGGCGGCGGCGCUGUUGGCAGUAACUUGAAUCAGAACUCUGCCGACCACGCAAAUAUCCCUCCAGCGCAGGGUGAUCCCGGAGACGUGGAAAAGAAAAGCCGGCUCCACGGUUUGAAGAAGUUGGUUCAUAAAUUCUCGCACUAG